CGCCGGCGGGAACACGCGUGGCCGGGGCCCUCCUCAGGGCAGACCCCUCGCACCCGGCCCGGGGACGCCCGGCAGCAGGAGGCGGCCCGGGGUGUUCGUCCCCCCCGCCAGCAGCACCGCCCCGGGCCGAGGGGGCCGCGCCGUCCCGCUGCCCGCGCCGGCAGCUCCUGCAGCAGCCGCCAUCGUCCGCGGCGGACGGAAGAGGAAGUGGCGCCCCGCCGGCAGCCGGCGGCGGUGAAAGGCUCCGCGGGGGGAGCCCGAGCCCAGCCGAGGCCCUUCCCCGAGCGGGCGGCGGCGGAGGACGAUGAGGGCCGCGGGGUUGCUGUGGGCCGCGCUAUGGGGCCUGCUGCUCCCGACGGUAGCUGCAGAUGAGGGGAUCCUGCACGCUUCUGGAAAUGGUGUGCCUCCAGUAACAAAGGAUUACUGCAUAAUUUACAAUUCCAAUUGGGUAUCUCUUCCAAAGAGCCUGGACAAUGCUACUUUCAGCCCUUUGGAAAACCUGACUUCUACGGUACUCUGCAAUUCUUCUGAAGUUCCUUCUGGCUCAAUGAAGGACAAAGCAGUUGUCGUGAUGAGAGGAAACUGCACUUUUUUGGAGAAAGCAAGAAUUGCACAAAGUUCAGGUGCUAAAAUGCUGUUGAUUGCCAGUAAACCUAGGCUGUCUCCUCUUUCAGAUAACAAGACUGAUUUUGAAGAUGUGACUAUUCCAGUUGCUCUUAUAAGAUAUAGUGACAUAGUAGAUAUGCAGCUGGCGCUUGGAAGUGAAGUUAACGUGACUCUGUAUUCGCCACCUUUGCCAGAGUUUGAUUACAGUAUGGUUGUCAUCUUCCUAAUUGCAGUGUUCACAGUGGCACUAGGAGGCUACUGGAGCGGAGUAGCAGAACUUGAGAAUUUGAAAGCAAUAGCAAGUCCUGGGGAGAGAGAAACAAGACGGAAGAAGGAAGAAAAUGUUACUUUCACCCCUGUAACAGUUAUCUUGUUUGUUGUCAUCUGUUGUGUCAUGCUGGUCUUACUUUAUUUCUUCUACAAAUGGUUAGUGUAUGUUAUAAUAUCAGUCUUCUGCUUGGCAUCUGCAAUGAGUCUCUACAACUGUCUUGCGGCAUUGAUAGGAGAGAUACCGUUUGGGCAGUGCAGGAUUGCAUGUUGCAACAAAAGCAUUGAAGUGAGGCUUAUUUUUCUUGCUGCAUUCUGCAUAGCAGCAGCUGUCGUCUGGGCAGUGUUUCGAAACGAAGAUAGGUGGGCUUGGAUUUUGCAAGAUAUUUUGGGAGUUGCUUUCUGCCUAAACUUUAUAAAAACACUGAAAAUGCCCAACUUUAAGUCCUGUGUGAUACUUCUAGGCCUUCUCCUUCUAUACGACGUGUUUUUUGUCUUCAUAACACCAUUUAUCACAAAGAAUGGGGCAAGCAUAAUGGUUGAAGUUGCAGCUGGUCCUUUUGGAAACAGUGAGAAGAAUGAUGGAAACUUGGUGGAAGUCCCUACUGAACGCUCAGCUCCCCAUGAGAAAUUACCUGUGGUUAUUAGAGUGCCUAGACUUGAAUACUCUGCAUCGACACUGUGUGACAUGCCAUUUUCAUUGUUGGGUUUUGGAGACAUUAUUGUCCCAGGGCUUCUGGUUGCCUAUUGUCGCAGAUUUGAUGUUCAAACAAGUUCAUCUUCUGUAUAUUACAUUUCCUGUACAAUAGCUUAUGCCGUUGGUAUGGUGCUGACUUUUGUUGUUUUGGCAUUAAUGAAGAUGGGACAGCCUGCCCUUCUCUAUCUUGUACCGUGUACACUCAUCACUAGCUCACUUGUUGCUUGGAGGCGCAAAGAGAUGAAGAAGUUUUGGAAAGGAAGCAAUUACCAGGUAUCGGACUCCUCCAGGACGCCUUUGCUACAAGAUGAUGGAACACCUGGAUUAUACAGGAAAUGAAGAAAGCACAGCAUCAGCCAGUGAACAGCCUGGAGGACAAUAACAUGUAGGAUCCUGAUUAAAAAUAGUAUUCAAAUUUUCUACAAAGGAAUUGCAGUAAAUUUGGUGAAGUUUUACAGUAGAGUAUUUCCUACUCUGUGUAAAAGGAUUUUUUUACUCCUGCACCUAUAUUUUUAUAGAAAAAUAUUAUUAAUUACAUAAAAGUAAUCAAAAUAGACUUGCAUUUUUACAGCCAAAUCAUAGCUAGUAAAACCGUGCCUUAUUUUGAUUUAAAAUAAAAGGAUAUUUUCUAUGCAAUUUUCCAAAUGUGUUUCUAUACAGUAUAUUUUUAUAAGAGUUGCUUGCCCAUAUCAGUCUGAUGCAUUAAAUGUUUUCUUAAUUUUGAUUAAAACUAGUCAAGUGUCAUUAAAAGAAAAAAAGGUACAGGACCUUCAUAGGAUUUCUCCAGAUUUUGAAUGCAAAGAUUGAUAGUAAUGCAACUAUAGCAACUAAAGAAUGAAACUAUAGUGCCACUACUACACAACUGAAUAAACGGUGCAUAUGUUAGUCUAUGUACAUUGUAAGCCAUAAAAUAGAUAGCAGGGCAAAUUUAGCUUGGGGUUGUGAGCUUUCUUUUCCCCCCUCUGUAGUAUCACUGGCUUAUGCCUUAAUUGUGAAAAUUGUUAAGCUUUGAUGCAAGUCUUUGGGUUAUAUACAUUGCCAACCAUUUCUAAAAAAAUAAAAGGGAGGAGGUACUUACACAGUGGUCCUGGAAACUUCAGUGUAGCUCCUGGAAUAGUUGACAAACAAGAUGGUGCAAAAGGCAAAAGGGUUUUUGCUCAAGAAGUGCUAUUUGGGGGGGGGGUGGGGGGAAAUGUUAACUCUGGCCUGGUUCUUCUCCGACCCAUUGAGACUAGGUCUGUAUUUGUGGUCUUCAUUUGGCUGUGGAUGAGUUCAAAGGGAUGGGGGAAGACAGGACAGAUUUUUUUAGCUUUUGCAUCAACACCAUACUUUUUUUUUUAAACUAUAUUUGAAAUUCUUUGCAAUUGAUAGACAAAACAACAGGUUUGAAUAGUGCUAGUAGUGCCUGUGUUAGUUAAGGCCAAUGCAUGUGUUUAACUUGUUUAAUCUUAAUUUGUUUUAGCUUUUAAAGACUUGGAAAAGGUGAAAUAGUUUAAAUCAUUAGUUUGCAUUUAGAAGAGUUUGAGUUUGUUUGACACUUUUUCUUUUUUUGGGAAACUGCAAAUUGAGGGGGAUUAGGCAUAGAAAAUUUGUAUAGCUGUAAUGCUAACACUUUACACCAAAGAAAGUGGAGAAGGCAACAACAGGAAACCAGUGAGUUCACUUAGUGCUAAUGUCAGGUAGCUGUUAAAACAUUUUUCCUAUUCUUUAAAUGAAUGUCAUUCCUAUAGUCAGUACAAGUUCACGAAAACAACCAACUAAACACAUGCUGGGCAAUGGCAGUGCAGGCUUUCCUGCAGUGCCUCAAGUAAGUGCCUCGGUGUUCGUCUGAAGGUCACCUCCAGACAUUUAUAGUUAGUUUGGGGCAUGUUGGCUCAGGAAAAUUUACCAGAUUAAAUCUCGCUUAGCUAGAUUUACUUUGGAAGUAUGCUAAUUAAGACAAUUGUAAAUCUAUAUUGGCAGUUAACAAAGGCUUACUGAAAAUUCGCCACUUCAUGUAAUUUAUAUCAAGUUUAAACUUUUGUUCGCAAGAGUCAGGAGCGGGCAAACUUACAGCCCGAGUAUCAGUUGUUGCCAUUCACACAGAUUGACCAUGGUGCCAGUUGAUACAGGUCAGAUAACCACCUUGUUUGCAGCUUCCCUAAGAAAACAAAUUACAAACAGUUUUCAUAUUUUAGUGGUUACCCCUCUUGACUAUCUUGACCUAAACUUGAACUGACAGCCUCACAAUACGUACCGUCUUCAAUUUUUAUUUCACUGGCACUUAAUAAUAAAUUACAGCGUACCUCAGCAUUCCAACAGCAGACUGAAAACUUGUCUUCUGAUGUGUUGUCAUGCUCUUUGACAAGACCAGUAUCUGCCAAAGUUAAAUGGUUAUGUAGAAGCUUCUGAAAAUUCCUGAAAGAGAUAAAGAAGUCAUAACUCAUUCAAAGUCACGCACUACUCAAAGCCCUCAGAAGCUUCACAGGUCUAUGUAAUAUGACUCCUUUUUCUCUUUGAAAUCGUCUGCAUGGAGGAUUUACUAAAUUUUCAGCUAUAAAUGAUAAUGGAAUUAGUAUAAAUAAAGACGGCCUUUGGCAAUGUUAAGUGUAUUCAGCAGCUGGCUGUGGGAACUGUCUUGUUCUGUGCCUAGUUACGCUCCAUGCCUGAUCAUGCCUGAAGUUUCACACACAUGUGCUGCAGUUUAAUGAGAUGUAAACUAACUUCUUUCUUUCAAAUGCUUAGGUGCUUUGUUUACAAAAAUUAAGAAUGGAGUUUAAAAUUUUAUAUAAAUAGGUUAGUAUUGACUACUGAAAUGAGGGUGUUUUUUUAAGUUCAAUAGAGCUGAUUGCAACACUUUUAGCAAUUUUGAAUGUUUUUAAUAUUAAAUUUGGUUGGGCUAAACACUAUAUUAAAAGCCUUUUUAGUCAUACUUUAAUAUAAAAAUCUUACUGCCUUUUCAUUGUAUGUUUACUGACAAGAGCCCCCUUAUGACUCUUAAGUUAUCACUUUAAGAAUGUUAUUAAUAAAUGUUACUUGGGAAAAAAAAUAGUUGAGUAAUUGCAUUGUUCUGACUCAUCUUUUUCUUACUGUGAACAUUCAUGGCAAAACAGUAAACACUUUGUAAUACCAAGUAAAUUAAACAUUCAUGAUAC